AUGAGACGCGACCUGCGCGCCUCGGCGGAGGCCUCCUUCUCGCUGGCGGGCCUCGGCGCCGCGGCGCGGCUGAGCCAGCUCGUCUUCUUCCUCACCACGCUCGGCUGCCCGCUCGGCUGGCUCGCUCUCCUCGCCACACGCUCCCUCGCCGCUCUCUCCCGCGGCCGGCGGCGGCAGCUGGCGCGGUGGAGCGAGCUGCUGUACGCGUGGUCGACGCACGAGGUGCUCGCCGUCGUCCUCUUCAACUCGGCGCUCGAGCUCGGGCAGUACUUCCAGUACCUGCUCGACCCGCGCUGCGAGCCCAUCAACGCGCUGCUGCGCGAGUACUUUGCGGACCAGCUCAGCGAGCCCAAGUGCCUCUCGAUCCGCGCGACGACCGGGCCGGGCACGUUCGUCCUCGCCGCCGCCGCCGCCGUCUCCACGGCCGCGGGCCUGCAGAUGCACUUUUCGAUGCGGCGCACCGCCGCCGCGACGCUCCCCGUGGCCGCUCACCCGCUCGGCCCGGCGCCCGAUCUAGCGUCCGACUACUCGCCGCCGGACCCGCAGAGCGCGGAAGGUGUGGUGGAGGCAGCCACGGGCCGCUCCCCUCCCUCCGAGGCGGCGCCGGCCCUGGCUUUGCCAGGCCAGUAG